UCUGAGUCUCUGGGAGCAAGAGCAGAUGUCGAUUGUCAUACUGAAAUUUCUAUAGAAAGCGCUGCCGUUGCGGUGGCAAGGUGCGGACAGCUCAGAUCGUGAAAUGACAAUCAGCCUGUUCCAUGUUUGAAGUUCGGGCAAGCUGACAUAAGCAACUUCAAUUGGUGGCACUGAGGUGGCAACGGAGCCACCACAGUUCGGCCAGUUUUUGCUUUGCGUGGCACAAAGGCCACCACGGCUUUCGCAACAAUUGCAACAGCUCAACAACAAGACCAACAAGCCUUUCUCGGAAUGCUUUGGCAACAGUGUGAAUGUGAGUGCAUAAAACCCAAACAUCAACAACCAUCACCACUACAACCAUCACUACUACAAUAAUGUGUGCCAUUACCAUGAAGCGAAAGUACGAGACCGCCACUACUACCACUACUAGCAGCACUGGAGCCCGCAAGAUGCGUCGCAUCGUCAUGUCGAGUCUUCCCGAUCGCAUGUUGGCAUCUAGUAGUAACGAAUGCAGCCCCGACACUACCGUCGCCAAGACACUCGCACAAGAAGCUCCUCUUCAAUCGUACGCCGACUGUGCCGAUUUCUUCCAUGCUCCCACUCAAGCCGAGAUUGAUGCCUACGACCACGAAGCACUGGCUGCCAUUCGCACGCAAAACAUGGACGUCCUUCGUCAAUUCCACGCCACCGGCCGCCCUCUCAAGUGCUCCAACAAGUUUGGAGAGUCGCUCCUCCACAUGGCCUGUCGCAAAAACAUGGUCGAAGUGACGACCUUUUUGACACAAACGGCUAGUGUGCCAUUUGCUGUUUGCGACGACUAUGGUCGCACACCCUUGCACGAUGCCUGCUGGGCUCACACGACCAAUUUUGAACUCAUUGACUUGAUCUUGACGGCAUGUCCCGAUUUGCUCUACAUCAAGGACAAGCGUGGAAAUACUCCUCUCUCGUACCUUCGCAAAGACAAAUGGGCGUCCUGGAACAAGUACCUGGCCACCAAAUCGGCCGACUUUUUGAAACCCAAACAGUUGUCUACUUCUUGCUAAACACAAUGCAAUGCAAGGCAAUGCAAAACGACCUCCUCGCUAUUAGCUAUACAGUACUGCCUCCCAGCUUCCUUCCUGCUUCUCUAUCAUACUACAGCUAUCUUGCUUCUAAUCUAAAAACUCUUUUAGAACCUAUUCUUGCAAACU